AUGACAUCACUCCCAGCUGCUAGCACACUCCCCCAUGCCUCCGAAUCCGAACUCACAAGCGUUCUAGACCUACUCUUUGAGCCAUCGCCUCCCCUCCGCGAGAUCACUUUCCCCGUGCUGAGGUCUGCCACUUUCCCCAGUUAUGACAUCUUGAUUACCGCUGUCAAUGCGCAACUCGCUGCGCUGGCCAAGUCAACUGAUGAAAGCGAUGUGAAGAAGCUUUCUGAGAUACUCUGCUCGCAUCCGAGGUUGGGCGAGAAGAAAGUAGACAGCGAGCAGAGCCGGAAAGAACAGGCGCAAUUGCAGGCAGGUGCAGAGGAAGAGAAAGAGAAAUUGGCAAGUCUGAACAAGGAAUACGAAGAGAAGUUUCCGGGUUUGAGAUAUGUUGUCUUCGUCAAUGGCCGUCCGCGACCUGAAAUCAUGGAGAAUAUUCGCUCUCGUAUCGACCGUGGCGAUAUCAGAGCUGAGCGUCAAGAGGCCAUUCAGGCCAUGUGUGAUAUAGCUCUUGACCGAGCAUCGAAGCUGCAGAAAGCGUAG